AUGCCGUCCGAAGACAUUUUUGAACUCUACAGUCCUCUAAAACAGAACGAUGAGAAAAAACCUUUACCGCCCAAUAACAUAUCAGACAAAUUAGUUGACUCGGAGACAGUUGAAAGACACAAAACUAUUAUAUUAACUGUUGUUUCGCGAGCCGCUGAAGCAGCCAGUGUAAUACUUGACCAAACUGGUAUACUCCAGGUUGUAACAAUUGGACCAAACUAUUUGCGUGUGCUUUAUGACGUAAAUCAAACUAGUUUCUCAAUAUUUGUUGAAGUUUUAAAAAAAAUGGGCUAUCUAGUGUCAUUUGAGCCAGAAAAACAAACUGAGGUAUCAAUACAAGUGGAAGGUAUGAAAUGUAAUUCAUGUGUAAAAAAAAUUGAAGGCUGUGUUCGAGAAAAAAAUGGCGUUUUUAGCAUUCAAGUGAAUCUUGAACAAAAGUGUGCAAAUGUUGUAUACGAUUCAAAUGCCAUAUCAGUUUUUGAACUCCAAUCAAUAAUUGCAGAAUUAGGUUUCACAGUACCAAUUCACCAAACUACAACUGUGAUAAAAGUUGAUGGAAUGUCUUGCAAGAAUUGCGUGCGAAACAUUGAAAGUAAAAUUGGAGCUUUGAAUGGAGUUGUAUCAGUAUCUGUUAGCUUGGAACAAAAAGAAGCAACUGUUGUCCAUCGCCCCGGGGACAUAAAUGAUUCACAAUUAGCAUCUGCCAUAUCAAAUUUGUCUACAAAAUUUAAAGUUUCUUUAAAUGAUCAAAAAGUUGAAGCUCCCAGUAAUGUGUUUAGUAUGUUUGUUCCUGAAGACGAAUACAGUAAAACAUACUUGAACAUCAAAGGCAUGACAUGUGCAUCUUGUGUUAUUGCUAUUGAAAAACACUGUCUUAAAAUUAAAGGUGUUAAGAGUGUAUUAGUUGCACUAAUGGCCGCAAAAGCUGAAGUACAAUAUGACCCUGCAUUAGUGCAACCAGAAGAUGUGGCUAAUUCAGUUACUGAUUUAGGCUUUCCUUGUAAUGUAUUGGCUGACACAAAUUCACGUAUUACUCAAACUGAAUUUAGAAUUGGAGGUAUGACAUGUUCAUCUUGUGUAAACAAAAUUGAAUCAAAUUUAAUGAAACUGAAAGGAGUACAAACAGCUAUAGUUGCACUCACAACUCAAAAAGGAGUAAUUACUUACGAUUGUGAUCUAAUUAGUCCACGAGAUAUUGCUGACCAUAUUGUUAGCCUAGGAUUUACUGCUGACCUGGUGAACAAUAAAGAUAGAGGGGAUCGCAGUUAUUUGAAUCAUAGUGAAGAAAUAAAAAAAUGGCGUAAUUCAUUUUUUGUGUCAUUACUGUUUGGUGGUCCAUGUAUGAUUGCUAUGACCUAUUUCAUGAUGGGUAUGACAUUUAACUUUAUUGAUCAUUCUUCUAUGUGCUGUGUGAUUCCUGGGCUUUCACUUGAAAAUUUGAUUAUGUUUCUUUUAUCGACUCCAGUUCAGUUUAUUGGAGGUUGGCAUUUUCAUGUACAAGCUUGGAAAGCCAUACGCCAUUAUACCACCAAUAUGGAUGUCCUUGUAUCAGUAGCUACUACCAUUUCUUAUGUAUACUCAGUCAUUGUUGUACUCAUUGCAAUCACUGAAACACCAGCUAAACAUACUAGUCCAAUGACUUUCUUUGAUACACCGCCUAUGUUAUUUGUGUUUAUAUCCCUUGGCCGAUGGAUGGAGCAUAUUGCUAAGGGGAAAACGUCUGAAGCCCUUUCUAAAUUGUUGUCCUUGAAAGCUACAGAUGCUCUGUUGGUGACCAUUACUGAUGACUUCCAAAUAUUAACUGAAAAAGAAAUUAAUGUUGAUCUAGUUAAACGAGGAGAUAUCCUUAAGGUAUUACCUAGUACAAAAGUUCCAGUUGAUGGAAAAGUUAUUCAUGGGCGUUCAGCAUGUGAUGAAUCUUUGAUUACUGGAGAGUCUAUGCCAGUGAACAAAAAGCCAAGUAGCUUAAUAAUAGGAGGUUCAUUAAAUCAGACAGCUCCUCUACUGAUGGUUGCUACUUAUACAGGAGAAGCAACUAUGUUAGCUCAAAUUGUAAGACUAGUUGAGCAAGCUCAAACUUCUAAAGCUCCAAUUCAACAAUUUGCUGAUCGUAUUGCUGGUUAUUUUGUUCCAGCCGUAGUAGCAAUAUCUACCAUCACACUUGUAUCGUGGCUUUUCAUUGGUCGCUAUUAUACUAAAUAUCUACCUAUUUCAGAUGAUGAAAAAUAUGGUCCAGACGGAUGGGAAAAUGCUAUUCAAUACUCAUUUAGAUGUGCAUUGAGUGUUCUGGCCAUUGCUUGUCCGUGUGCACUAGGUUUGGCCACUCCAACAGCUGUUAUGGUUGGAACUGGUAUUGGAGCACUUAAUGGUAUACUGAUAAAAGGUGCAGACGCAUUAGAAAAUGCUCAUAAAGUAAAAUAUGUUGUGUUUGAUAAAACUGGUACUAUCACAUACGGAAAGCCCACUGUAUCAAGGAUUUGUCUAUUUGUAGACGACAUGAUCUGUUCGCUCAGUCUAUUAUUGUCCAUAGUUGCUAACGCUGAAGUUAGUAGUGAACAUCCUUUAGCUUCCGCGCUGGUGAAAUUUAUAAAAGAAAUGUUUAAAUGUGAGAUAUCUGGAAAAUGUGAACGUUUUCAAUCUGUUGCUGGAUGUGGUAUUAAAUGUGUGGUAUCUCAUAUUGAUGACUUAUUCAAAAAUGGAACUAAAUCAGAUUUCAUUAUGAACUACGAAAACCAUAUAAGAAGUGGAACGAAUGAAUCAUCAUUUGAAUUUAACAACAUAAUUGUUGAACUGGUUUUAGGAAAACCUCCUACACAAGUUCAAUCAAUACAAUUACAUAAAUUGUUAGAUAUUAAUGAAGAGAAAAAACCAAAUGAAACCAAAUAUGAAGUAUUGAUUGGGAAUCGUGAAUGGAUGUUUAGAAAUGGUGUUAAUUUAUCAAAAGAAGUUAAUUUUAAAAUGAUCAGUGAAGAAACCCUAGGCCAUACAGCAAUCAUGUGUGCCAUUAAUGGUUUGUUGGUAGCAACAAUCAGUGUAUCAGAUAUGGUUAAACCUGAAGCUCAUCUAGCUGUUUAUACGUUGAUGAAGCGUGGCUAUCAAGUGAUGUUAUUGACAGGAGACAAUAGAAAAACAGCCAGCGCGGUAGCAAAACAAGUAGGAAUACAAAAGGUAUUUGCUGAAGUAUUGCCGUCACAUAAAGUAGCCAAGAUCAGAGCUCUACAGGAGAAAGGUAUACGAGUAGCAAUGGUUGGUGAUGGAGUUAAUGACUCUCCGGCUCUGGCACAAGCAAAUGUUGGUAUUGCUAUUUCUUCUGGCACAGACGUAGCUGUUGAAGCAGCAGACGUAGUCCUAAUGAGAAAUGAUCUUCUAGACGUUGUCAGUUGUUUUGACUUGUCCAAUAAAACCGUCCGACGAAUUCGACUUAACUUUUUAUUUGCUAGUAUGUAUAAUUUAAUUGGUAUACCGAUUGCUGCUGGUGUCUUUAGUCCUUUAGGCGUCACAUUACAACCAUGGAUGGCAGCAGCUGCAAUGGCAUUAAGUUCGGUGUCUGUUGUUGGAUCUUCACUUUUACUUAAGAUCUAUAAAAAACCAACUUCAGCCACUUUAACUACCCCAGAAUAUUUGUCAAGAUCUCAAACUGAACUUGAUACAAUCUCCUUGCAUAGAGGAUUAGACGAUAUUGAACCAUCAAUUAUGAUAAGAGCAUCGACUUCUUCUACAAUAUCUAAGUUAUUGAUGGGAAAAACAACUGUUUCUGAAGCUGAAAAUCAAUUGUUAAACUCCUAUGAAGACACGGAAGACCAUGAAAUAGGAAACUAUGUUGAAAGAACGAAGAGCAUAAAUGCUUGA